AUGACGACUGAAAAUAAAACUGACGAAUACAUUAAACUCCGCGUAGUUGGGCAAGACAAUAGUGAAGUUCAUUUCAAAGUCAAAAUGACGACCGGUAUGGGUAAAUUGAAAAAGUCGUAUGCUGAAAGACAAGGCGUCGGUGUAGCAACGUUAAGAUUUCUUUUCGAUGGUAAACGUAUCAAUGAUGACGAAACGCCUAAACAACUCGAAAUGGAAGACAAUGACACAAUCGAAGUUUAUCAAGAACAAGUCGGAGGAUGCUCUUGA